UAGAGGGUGUCGGGCGGCCGCCGGACGGAAGCCGAGAGGCGCUGCCGAGCGCGCCUGCGACAGCGUCAGCCCUGCCUGCGCGGAGUCAGCGCCGGCCGAUGGCGGCGGCGGCGGCGAUGGCCGAGCAGGAGAGCGCCCGCAACGGCGCCCGCAACCGCGGCGGCGUCCAGCGCGUGGAGGGCAAGCUGCGCGCCAGCGUGGAGAAGGGCGAUUACUACGAGGCGCACCAGAUGUACCGGACCCUCUUCUUCAGGUACAUGUCGCAGAGCAAACACGUGGAGGCGCGCGAGCUCAUGUGCUCCGGGGCGUUGCUGUUCUUCAGCCACGGCCAGCAGAACAGCGCUGCUGACCUGUCCAUGCUGGUGCUCGAGUCCCUGGAGAAGGCCGAGGUGGAAGUGGCCGACGAGCUCCUGGAAAACCUGGCAAAGCUGUUCAGCCUGAUGGAUCCCAGUUCCCCUGAGCGCGUGGCUUUCGUUUCUCGAGCCCUGAAGUGGUCCGGCGGGGGCUCGGGGAAGCUGGGCCACCCCCGGCUGCAUCAGCUGCUGGCUCUCACCCUGUGGAGAGAGCAAAACUACUGUGAGUCUCGCUACCACUUCCUGCACUCUGCGGACGGCGAGGGCUGCGCCAACAUGCUGGUGGAGUACUCAGCCUCCCGGGGCUUCCGCAGCGAGGUGGACAUGUUCGUGGCCCAGGCCGUGCUGCAGUUCCUGUGUCUGAAGAACAAGAGCAGUGCCUCGGCCGUGUUCACCACGUACACGCAGAGACACCCGUCCAUUGAGGAUGGGCCCCCGUUCGUCCGCCCCCUGCUCAACUUCAUCUGGUUCCUGCUGCUGGCCGUGGACGGAGGGAAGCUGACCGUGUUCACUGUGCUGUGUGAGCAGUACCAGCCGUCACUCCGGCGGGACCCCAUGUACAACGAGUACCUCGACAGGAUUGGCCAGCUCUUCUUCGGGGUACCACCCAAGCAGACCUCAUCCUACGGUGGCCUGCUAGGGAACCUUCUGAGCAGCCUCAUGGGCUCCUCGGAACAGGAGGCCGAGGACAGCCAAGACGACGGCAGCCCCAUUGAGCUCGACUGACGUGUGUGCAGCUGCCGCAGGCCGACUCGCAGACGCCCGGCGCGCUCACCCUCAGGGCUGUGGCUGUGCUGGCUGCCUGCAGGGGGCAGUGUCUGCGCUGGCCAAGGGCCACGUGGCCGCCCGGCGCUGGGCUGACCGGGCCGACCCCGUGUUCCCUGGAUUGACCCCAAUAAAGCACAGGCCUUGGUGCGCCUCCUCCCCCAGCCCCCGUGUCACUCGUUGCUUUGGGAGGGCCGAGGGCUGGCCGGGAGCCGGUUGCCGUGGUGCCUGCGCACAGCACCCAGCCGCCCACGAUGUCCUGCUGCACCUGGCGCCGGGAGCUCCGCAGGUGACAGGCACCCAGGAAGCGGCUCCUCUCCACGAGACGCCGCCGAACUGUCCUCCUUGGGCGACGAGCCCGCCGCCCCCGUCCUAGGCCCUUGGAGCGGUGUGGACAGAAACACUUUAUUUUUUCACAGUUAAAUAAGACUUGUGGAUUGAAGCGCAGUGAUCACACGUGGAGAGGAGGGAACCGGCUUUAUUGACUGUCAGAGGGAGCUGGGGAGGCAUCGGCUGUUGUUUCAAUAAACCCUUUAUACUGC